AUGCUCCCCGUGAUCAUCGCCCAGAACAACAACCUCCACGAGUUCUUCACCAUCUUCAUCAGCGGAACCACCGGGAUUCCCGCGGGACUCUCCAUCCACACGAUGCCCAAAUUCACGAACGUCCCGUUCUACCGCCUCGACAAAUUCUGCAUCCCGCUGCUGAAGUUCUGCUAUCAAAAGCUGGGCGAUUGGGUGAUUCGGCUGCAUUCGAGUCGCGAGCAGCGCAAAAUGAGCGAGCUGCAGCGACGUGUGGCUGCGGAGCGCGAUGUGUCGGUGAUCGAGAGCUACUACAGCAAGAAGUUCGCGCGAGAAGCGCGGUGGGAAGUGUGGAAGGACCGCGUGAUCGCGUGGAUGGAGCUGCUGAACGUGAAUUAUAAGAGCUAUGCGGAGGAAUACGAAGAGUUCGUGGAGAUGAAAAUGAAGAUGAAGAUGAAGCAGGAGGCGCAGCAGCGAGGCGCGCGCGGAACGGGCGAUUUUUACGCGAUUCUGGGAGUGGAUCGGUGUGCGAGCGAGGAGGAAAUCAAGCGGAGCUUCCGCGUGCUGAUUAUGCAGGUGCAUCCGGAUUGUUCGCACGAUGCGAUGGACGAGGAGAGAGCGAAGGAGCUGAUUGAGGCGUAUCAGACGCUGCGGAACCCGGAGAAGCGGACGCUGUAUGAUUUGUCGCUGCAUUAG